AAAAGAAAAGCAUACAAUAAUUAAAAAAACUUCGACGCUUAAGUAACAAAAGAAAAGCAUAUAUUGAAUAAAUUGAAAAAACUUCGACGCUUCGAACCCAAAAGGAAGCUUACCGUAAAAUGUCGGACACCGGCGGCGAAUCACCUGUGGAAAACACGAUUGGACAUCCGUCGAAAGGAAAUAUUCCGAUAUCAAGUGGCCCAAUCGACUGGAGCAUUCACUGGACGGACUACGCGGUACAGCAAGCGAAAAUUGCGCAGAAGACAGUAGAAAACACAGUAGAGAAUGCAAUCGAGAUCACCAGAUCGCGCGUUGAUCGCAUGCUCACCACCUCGUCGGCGCAUUUUAAUCAAACAAUGCUCUAUUGCUGGGACCCUUUCAUAUUUCUCAGACCACGAGUCUUAGAUGCGUUUCUAGCUAAUCUUCGUGAAGGUACCACUCCCCAAAUAUUGUGUAUGGAUAAUUUAGUUGAAAUGGGAAAAAUGGAUUCUUUGCAAGACUUGAAGUCUGAAUAUAUCACAUAUGAGGAUAUCGUUUUUGGGAAGAUUAAAGAGGGUUUUCUUUAUGCCUAUUCACGCCCUUUGAUUACAACGGGAGCUGUUCUUGGAGUGGGAUUUUUUGGCCUAAAAAGGACCAGACAAUUCUUGUCCUACAGCACAAGGCGCCUCUUUUUCAGUGAAGAGACAUUGCUGGCUAGAGCUGAUGCAAAAGUCCAGAAUUUACAGGAAUCAAUAGAUGUUUUGAAGGCUGAAAGCGUAAAGCUUGAGAAAGCUGCGUUGCAAGCUGAAGAGGACUUGGUGAGAGGGAGAACAAAGCUAAGACAAGCCGGAAAGCAAAUACAGGGUGUCAUCAACUCUGCCUACAAAAUAGAAAGGCAAGCACGAGGCUUGAAGGAUGUUCUCAGUGAGCUUCCUAGUAUAGAAGCAUCUCGAUUUCGAAGACAAGUUAAGAACCUUGCUAAAGAGGCGAAGAAAGAGAGGAAUGCAAUUGAGCAAGCAUAUGGAGCGUUGACUAACUAUGGGGGUUUUGAUGAUGACACGUGGCGUUAUGAGAUGCGUGGAGUGAUGGGAUUGGAGCGCUUCGUGAUAAUUUGGUCUGGCCAAUCGAAUGUGCCACGUGGUGGGAGUUGUGAUGAAUUUCAUGGGCAUAGCUUGUAUCACUAUGAUUAUGAAACUCAAGAGUGGAUACAAAAAUUACUGUCGGCCGAGAAAAAAUUAGGAAAUUUGGCGUUUAGCGGUGACCCCUCUGCCAUUGAUGAUUGUUUAUCGAGUUUUGAAGAUAGAGUUCGUUUGGACCAAACUAGUGUGCUUCACAGGAUUGAAACAGUGGACAAAUGUUUCGGCCAUGGAACAGUUGAAGAAAUUAUCGAGUCCUUGGAAAACGAGGCUGCCAAAACGAACGACUUGUGGUGCGUGUCAACUCUGCAGAAGCUUAAAGAAGCUGCACCGUGGAGCUUGAAGGUUUCCUUAAGAUCUUGGGAACCUCCAAGUUUGGAGCAUGUGUCUCAAGAUAUGGUUGAUCAAUACUUUUCUGCUCUGUCUCCAUUCGAACCUGAUCUAGAGUUAAAUAUAAUGGAGUCACCAGAAUUUACCCAGGUUCCACUCAAAAAAUGCAGCGCCUCAAGUUUCUGA